GCUGUUUUGGAUCAAAAAUUAAAAUUAGAUAAAAAAAUAAUAAUAAAUAUACCAAUUCAGCUUAUUAAUUUAGAUUCAUUAUAUGAAAAUAACAAUAAUUCAAUAAUUGAUAUAAAAGAACAAGAAAUUAUUGAUAAAACAGCAACUCCAAUUGAAAAAG